AGGUGGUGAAGUACUGGCCGGAGAAGGGCAAGUCCGGCUUCCUCGUUUGGAGAUACUUGCUGAAACGAAACGACGAUGAACCGGCGCCGUGGACCCGCGAAGGAAAAGAGCGCAUUAAGAAACUGGGGCUCACCAUGCAGUAUCCUGAAGGUUAUCUGGAAGCCGUGGCUGCGAAAGAAAAGGAGAAAGAGAACAAAAACGACGAAGACGUUGAUGAAACGCCCACUAAAGGCAAGAGGAAGAGGAAAUCCCAGACCGUGGACGAGAAGAGCUCUCCGGCCAAAAGCACGCCUAAGAAGAUGAAAGUGGAGGCCUACAAACUGAGCAAAGAGCAGAAGGCCUUGAUCAAGGACGACGAGCUCAACAAGAAGCUGUGGGACGAAGCCAUGGAGUCUCUCAACCUCGGACCUCGCUUCAUCAACAAAGUGGAGGAGGUUUUCUUGUGCAUCUGCUGCCAAGAAGUCGUCUAUCAGCCCAUCACCACAGAAUGCCAACACAACGUCUGCAGGGAAUGCCUUCAGCGGUCUUUCAAAGCCGAGGUCUACACAUGUCCGGCUUGCCGACACGAUCUGGGCAAAAACUACGAAAUGACGGUGAACAAACCUCUCCAAGCCAUUCUCACCCAGCUCUUCCCCGGAUACAGCAGCGGCCGGUGUUGACACUGAUGCUGUCGUCACGGCGACGCGGCGCGACAGAGUUCCACGAACGAAACAUGGAUUUCAUUUUUUAAUAUAUUUAACAAAUGCAUCAGGUUGUAGGAUUGAUUGAAAGCUCUGCCUUGAUUGAACACCGCUACUUGAUUUGGCCCUGUUUGGUGACCUGCCUCUAUCUAGCCACUCGACUUCUAUACGCUGUAGUUAUUUCUUACGAAUUGUGAUCUUCGUAUUUACGAGUAAAGUGAUAAUAGUGGUGUUUUAGCUAUAGCCACUUCAAGUGACGUAUCAUUGCCUCCUUGUACCCUACACCAGCACAAUGAACCAUAGCUAUGCACAAUUACAAUGUUCAUUAAUCAUUUUUUGCAGCAAUUUGUCAUUACGAUGAUUUGUACGAAAACGCUGGCUCUAGAAUCCCGUUAAAACGAUCCCGUUGCUUCAUAAGUGCGUUUGACAUUUUUAUUGUACCAUCGUUAGAACUAACUAAAUUUAACGGACGCUAAUAUCAAAUCAAGUUUUUUUUUGCCAUUUGAUGUUAACAAGCUUUCGUACGAAUGCUAUUUAGAAUGGUGCUGUAGCAGUAGCGUUUUUACAAUUGUUAGCGUUAACUACAUUUAAAUGAACUAUCUAUGCACUAUUACGAUGUUUAAUUUUUCACAAGCAGUAAUUUGUCAUUGAUGAUUUGUCUGAAAGCACUGGCUCUAGAAUCCAGUUAAAACGAUCCCAUUGCGUUAUGAUCAGUGCGUUUGAUGUUUGUACCACCGUUGAUGCUAACUAAAUGUAGAUGAACUAGCUAUGCACUAUUAUAUUAUCGCUAUCUAAUAUUCCAACAACUUUUUCGCAUUUAUGAUGUUAACAAACCUUCGUACAAAUGUUAAGAUCUGAGUGCCGUAGCAGUAACAGUUUUACUGUACCAUCGUUAGCAUUAGCUAAAUUCAAAUGAACUAGCUAUGCGCUGUUACAAUGUUGGCUAAUGGUUUUUCGCAAGCAGUAAUUUGACAUUACGAUGCUUCGUGUGCAAGCGCUAGCUCUAGAAUCCUGUUAAAAUGAUUCAGUUGCAUUAUGAUCUGUGCAUUUGACGUUUUUACUGUACCAUCAUUAGCGCUAACUAAAUUUAAACAAGCUAACUGUGUACUGUAUACGAUUUUUGCGACACUAAUAUCCCAACAGGUUUUUCCAUCCUUUAUGUCGUUAACAAGCCUUCAUACGAAUGUUAACAUCCAUGAGUUUAAGGUGCUGUAGCAGUAA